AUGGUGAAGGCAAUGAGGUCUGAUUUGAACCCAUUUUCGGUUCAUAAACACAAUCAUCAUGUGUUAGUUAAGUUCGUUGUUUCCCUUCUCCUUGUGGGUCUCGCUUUUCGUCUUCUCGUUUCUGAUUCUAUCUCAUUAUCAUCAAUGGUAGAGAAACCUUCUAUUUUCUCGAAGGAAAAAGCAGAGUCCCCUGGAAAUGAGGGCCAAGCCGCUGAGAAUGGUAAGGAAAAUUUAGAGAAUUUUUGUGAAUGGUUGCCUUUUGAAAAUUUGGAUGCAGCAAAAUGUGAUCUUUCUGUGGGAGAGUGGGUACCGUACCCAUAUGGUCCAGCGUACACUAAUGAGAGCUGCCAUGUGGUUGAAGAUUAUCAAAAUUGCAUGAAGAAUGGACGACCUGAUAUGGAUUAUCUUUACUGGCGCUGGAGGCCACAUGAUUGUGAAUUACCAAAGUUCAAUCCACAGAAAUUUCUUAAUCUUAUGAGGGAUAAAUCAUGGGCCUUCGUUGGCGAUUCCAUCUCUCGCAACCAUGUGCAAUCUAUGCUUUGCAUUCUCUCAAAGGUGGAACCAGCUGUCCAAGUGUACCACGAUGAGGAAUUCAAAAACAGAAUAUGGAAAUUCCCUGCUCACAAUGUCACAGUCUCAGUGGUUUGGGCUCCAUUUCUUGUCAAAGCAGACGUAUUUGAGGACAUUAAUGGAGUUUCCUCUGCUGAAGCACAGCUCUACCUUGACGUUCUCGACAGAAAAUGGAUCGAUCAGUAUGAAAGUUUUGAUUAUGUUGUGACUUCUGGUGGCAAGUGGUUUCUCAGAACUGCAGUAAACCAUGAGAAUGGUGCAGUCACAGGCUGCCAUUACUGUGCCAACAAGAGCAUAAAAGAGCUUGGAUUUGAAUAUGCUUACCGAAAAGCACUACAAGUAGCUUUCAACUUCCUUGUCAACUCCAGCCACAAACCUAUUGUAAUCUUCAGAACCACCACACCAGAUCACUUUGAGAAUGCAGAAUGGUACAAUGGAGGGUACUGUAAUAGGACAACGCCCUUCAAAGAGGGGCAAAUAAGUCUGAGAGAUUUGGAUAUUAUUCUGAGAAAUAUUGAGCUUAAAGAGUUUCACAAGGCUAAGGCCAAGGCUAAUGGUGCUACAAGUCUGAAUCUUUUGGACCUGACUGGCCUCUCGCUAUUGAGACCAGAUGGCCAUCCAGGGCCGUACAGGCACUUUCAGCCAUUUGCUAAGGACAGAAAUGCAAAAGUUCAGAAUGACUGUUUGCACUGGUGCUUGCCAGGGCCAAUUGAUUCGUGGAAUGAUCUGGUCAUGCAAAUAGUCGUCAAUGGAAGAUGA